CUGUCAUGGCGGCGGAGGGCUGCGAGGAGAUGAGCGGUAACAAGGAGCAGGAAAAACCUUCAGCAAUGGAAGUCACUGACCCUCCUGAUCAGCCCGCUGCUGAGGUCACUGAGGGACAUGUCGGUGCUGCUGUCAGCACCACAGCCCAAGCUCUUGCUGAUGAAGGGAACGUGCUGCCAGCAGCCUUUGAGCGUUUAUGGAAGGCUGCACAGGAAAACCAUCAGGAAUUUUCCCGCUGGACAGAUCUGUUGCAGUACUGCGAGCAAGAGGGAAACUACGCCGCCUCUUCCAAAGCGCUCGCAGCCUUCUUGGAUCAAUACCCGCUCUGCUAUGGCUACUGGAAGAAAUUCACUGAUCUCCAGUGUCGAGCCGGCGACAACAAGAAAGCCGAGGAGGUUUGUCUGAAGGGUCUCCGGGCGAUCCCGCUCAGCGUGGAUCUGUGGAUCCACUACAUUAACCUGCUUCUAGGCACGUUAGAGAUGAAGCUGCCGGAGUCGUCCCAGAGGAUCCGCGGUGUCUUUGAGGAGGCCGUCUCUGCAGCUGGUCUGGAGUUUCGCUCCGACAGGCUGUGGGACCUUUAUGUCGAGUGGGAGAAAGAGCAGGGAAACACGAGGAAUGCUGCGGCCGUCCUGGAGCGGGUGCUGAAGGUCCCCACACACUUGUACAACACACAUUAUACCAAGUACAAAGCCCACCUGAGCAGCCAUGAACCUAAAGAGGUCCUUCACCCUGAAGAGUAUUCGGAGUUGAGGAUGUUGUGCCGCCAGAGUCAGAGAGCGGAGAGAGCCGAGCAGAUGCAAGAGACUCAAGAUGAGCGACCACCUGGAGAGGAGGAGCCGGCGACCCCUGAGGGACAGGACACGGAGGAGCUGAUGAAGAAGAUCAGAGAACAAGUUUUGCUCCGAAGAGACAAAGUUUACAAGGAGAAUGAAGCAGAGGUUCGCAAGAGAUGGAACUUUGAAGAUGCUAUCAAGCGUCCGUACUUCCAUGUCAGACCUCUGGACCGCGCCCAGCUGCAGGCGUGGCGUUCCUACCUGGACUGGGAGCUGGAGCAGUUGAAGGGUCCCUCUUCUUCAAACAAAGAUGCGCCAGUGGUGACAGAAGAACCAGCAAAUGACAAGCGAGUUCGGACGCUGUUUGAACGAUGUGUCAUCGCCUGUGCUCUGUAUGAUGAGUUCUGGAUCCGGUAUCUUCAGUACCUGGAGCCGCGGCCAGUGGAGGAGAAGCGCCUCGUGUACAGGAGAGCGUGUGAGAUCCACCUGCCUCGCAAGGCCAACCUCCACAUCCAGUGGGCAACGUUUGAGGAGCAGCACGGUGACGUCUCGGAGGCGCGCAGAAUCCUGGCAGCACUGGAGCAGCGUGUGCCGGGCUUGGCCGUGGUCCGCCUUCGCCGGGCAGCUUUGGAAAGACGGGCAGGUCAGCUGGACCAAUCAGAAGCCUUGCUGCAGGAAGCUGUGACGGGGUCCAAAGACGUGCCUGCGCUACACGCCUUCUACUCCGUCAAGCUGGCUCGACUGCUGCAGAAACUGGGCCGGAACCCCGGCAAAGCUCGGCAGGUGCUCCGGGAAGCGCUGGAGAUCAGUCCAGACAAUGAAAAACUGCAUGUGAAUCUUCUGGAGUUGGAGUCAGCGGAGGAGAAUCAGCUGUCAGCUGAGGCGGUUCAGGAGUGUGUGACAAGAGCUCUGGCUGCUUCUCUGAGCCCACACACCAAGAUCCUUCUGUCCCAGAGGGGUCUGCAGUUCGCUGAGGAGAACAGCAGCUCAGUCAAGAGAGUGCUGAGCAUCUACGAUGACCACCAGAAGCUGCUCACUGAGCUGCGAGGAACAAAAAGAGCAGCAGAGAAAGUGGAGGCAGACUCUGAGAAAGCACCAAAAACAGAAGAGGCUCCUGCCCCAGACCCGCCGCCGGUCCAGCAAGCAGCGAGCACUGCCAGUCCAGCAAUGACCUCUGACAUGAGCGGCUACACUGGAUACAGCAACUGGUACCAGCAUCCACAGUACGGCGGCUACGGCUACCAGAACACCUGGAACUACAACCAGAGCUACUAUCCUCCCCACUGAGUCGUGCCUCCUGGCGUCUCAGUCAGUGGAGAUUCUUCUGAGAUGGAGCAAUGAAAUGUGCAACUGGAGGUCAGACGGCCACAGGCGUCCUGUUUUUACAAUGGAAGUAUUUUUCUUGUGCCUGUGUUUGAAAAGGCUUCAGGGGAGGCUCGCCUUUGUGUUGCCUGUACAUAAAUCUGCUCUUGAUUUUCCUUGGUUUUGAAACUUCUAUUUAUUUUUCUCCAGCAUUAUCAAAACAGUGGAGGCAAAGGCAUGACAUUUUUACAGUGAACCAAUCAUGAAUUUGCAUCCACUAAAAACGGCUGGAGCGAGAGAAGCAGCUGCGGUGUCAGAAUGUGAAAAUAAACUGAGUGUUUCUCAAUGUUCUUUAUUUGAACUUGAUUAUUUGGCGAAUAUUUCAAUAAUUGUCAUAUUUGAACUUAUAAAAAACUGGUAGUAGAAGAUCCCAGAUUUAGGAAGAUCAAUGUGGAAGUAAGGCCUGUUA